AAGCCGAGAGGCGCCGCCGACCGCGCCUGCGACAGCGUCAGCCCUGCGCGGAACGCCGGCCCAUGGCGGCGGCGGCAAUGGCGGAGCAGGAGGGGGCCCGCAACGGCGCCCGAAACCGCGGCGGCGUCCAGCGCGUGGAGGGCAAGCUGCGCGCCAGCGUCGAGAAGGGCGACUACUACGAGGCGCACCAGAUGUACCGGACCCUCUUCUUCAGAUACAUGUCCCAGAGCAAACACGCAGAGGCCCGAGAGCUCAUGUACUCAGGAGCACUGCUCUUCUUCAGUCACGGCCAGCAAAACAGUGCUGCAGACUUAUCUAUGUUAGUCUUGGAGUCCCUGGAGAAGGCAGAAGUGGAAGUGGCUGAUGAACUGCUGGAAAAUCUGGCUAAAGUAUUUAGUCUGAUGGAUCCAAAUUCUCCGGAGCGAGUGGCUUUUGUGUCCAGAGCCCUGAAGUGGUCCAGUGGAGGGUCCGGGAAACUGGGCCAUCCCCGGCUCCACCAGCUGCUGGCCCUCACGCUGUGGAAAGAACAAAACUACUGCGAGUCUCGGUAUCACUUCCUGCACUCCACUGACGGCGAGGGCUGCGCUAACAUGUUAGUGGAGUACUCCACCGCCCGGGGCUUCCGCAGUGAGGUGGACAUGUUUGUGGCCCAGGCGGUGCUUCAGUUUCUCUGUUUGAAAAACAAGACUAGUGCACUGGUGGUCUUCACAACGUACACGCAGAAGCACCCGUCGAUCGAGGAUGGGCCGCCAUUCGUCCAGCCCCUGCUCAAUUUCAUCUGGUUCCUGCUGUUGGCCCUGGAAGGCGGCAAGCUGGCCGUGUUCACGGUGCUGUGUGAGCAGUAUCAGCCGUCCCUCCGGAGGGACCCAAUGUACAACGAGUACCUCGACAGGAUAGGCCAACUCUUCUUUGGCGUGCCGCCCAAGCAGACGUCCUCCUACGGAGGCUUGCUAGGGAACUUGCUGAGCAGCCUCAUGGGCUCCUCGGAGCAGGAGGAGGGGGAGGAAAGCCAGGAUGACAGCAGCCCCAUCGAGCUGGACUGAGCUGCCGGCCUACAUGGAGACGCCCACGGUCGGCACCACUGGACAGUUUCAGGAGCCAGGCCCAGAACGUGGCUUCUCACACCCAGCAGGCUCUUGGUCUGUAGUUGGCAGGGCUGCCUGUGUGGCGUCUGUCCCUAUUUAUGUAAGGUGGCUGAGGGCUGCACAGUCCGCCUGAUGCUGCGUGACCAGGACUUGAGACUGAGGCCCAGGCUUCUGCGGGCGGCCGUGUCCCUUCAGCUCAAUCACAAUAAAGCGCAGGCCUUGCUGCGGCGUCCCUCUGCCAUCCUUGUCUGUGGUUCCUUGGGGAGGGCUGCGGGAUGACAGGCAGCCUAUCGUCAGUGACUAGACCGAUUGCGCCCAGCAUCCCCGCUCCGGGCCCCCAGCACAGCUUGUGGCAUGCAGAGGAGGCAGUGGCCACCAAGACGGGGACUGAGCCAGCCUCCUGAGGUCCUGUAAAUGUGCGCGGGUUUCUCGUUUAUCUUUUAUUGUUUUGAACACGGGGUCGUUUUGCAAUCAUGGUGUACUUGCCCCUCACAGAUGGGACGGGUGAGCUGUGGGCUCCUUGCAGCUUGGGCAGCAGCUGGCCAGACCAAUGCUUGCAUGGUCCUUGGCCGUGGCUGUGGCCCCGGUGGUGCCCUGACAUGGCCAGCAAAGCUCCUCUGUGCAAGUCCCGAGCCACAGCCCUGCUGCUCUCGCAGGCACCGCGCUGCCUCUCCAGAAACGCCCUUUUAAAGAGGGGCGCUGAGAACUUUCCACGUCCUUCGUGACGCAGUAUUUAUUUUUAUUGGGUGAUGGAUUUCUUUGACCUAACGUUUCAGGUUUUAACCAAAUAAGCAGUCCAGGAAUGAGCAAAUCUAUCCUUUAUCACUUAUGAUAUUUCACAUGUUACCAGUAUAAUUAUAAAGGGAAACACUUUAUUUUUUCACGAUUAAGAGUUGUAGAUUAAUACACAGCGAUCCUGCAUGGGAAGAAGGGAGAUGUACGUUAUUUACUGUAAAAAAUGGAAUUUAAAGGAAGGCUUGUCAAUUGUUGAGUAUAAAUAAAUCCUUUAUACUGGG